UAAGAAAUUGGUAAAGUAGUUUUGGAACCUUGUUGGAGUAUUUAUGUCCCAACAUUGAAUAGAGUUAAGAUCUUCAGAAUCUUUCAACAAUCUAUCCUAAACCGCUUCCGAGAAGCUAUGACAGUUGCUUUGGGGCAGCCUACAUCCACCACUGGUCCACCACUUAUCCCAAACCACUGCCACCAUCUCCAUCCCGACAUCCACCACCACAUAUCCAAACCACUGCCACCAUCUCCAUCCCGACAUCCACCACCACAUAUCCAAACCACUGCCACCAUCCCCACCUCCAUCCUUAUAACCACCACCAUUAACCCAUCCUUAUCACGAAUCGAUCUGCGGCAUAACCCACCCCCAAAACCCAUCCUUUUCGACCUGCAACUUUCCUUUCUGUCUGCACCUUCCACCAUUCGCGAAGGUGUUAAAGAUAUUCCAGAAGGAAGUGGUUGAUGGUGCAGUCGAUGAAGACACUGUCGCCGAGCUUAGUGACCUGGACGGCUGUCAACGGCUUAUAGUGGUCAGCGUAACUGAGAGUGUUGUCGAAGGUUAAGAACUGUUUGAAGCAAUUAGGUACGUCUAGAGGGGCUAGAAUGUCGUUGAUGAAGAGGUGUUUGGCUCGGGCCUGAAUGAAUUCGACACCGGUGUCGUUGCAGAGGAUUUGAACAUGGCCGUCAGGAUCGGUGGAGAGUUUUCCGUCGAGGUCGGGGAAGUGAAUCGGCGACCACAGAUUCACAACGUCGGCGAAAAUCCCAACUUCUUUGGCAGCGAAAGAAGCGGAAAAGAUGGCUGAAACGGCAGUGGACGACGGCUUAAUAGCACGGAAUCCGGUGGAAACGUGGCCGAUGGAUGAACGGCGGGUUGGGAUGAACUGCGGCAGUGAGCUUCGGAACGGUGGAGCAGCCGUGGACGGGCGGCGGUGCACGGCGGGAUAGAACGACAAGGAUGAAGACGGGUUGUGGAGAGAACUCAGCCAAAAUAAUUGAUACUAACUAAUGAAUAUUCCUUUUGAGUACAACAAUUUCAACCAACAAAAGUAGGAAAAUGUCAUCAGGCAGUAUAGGCAUUGUCCUACACACAUAUCUGAGGUCAAAAUGAAGGUUCAUGACAGAGAGGCGGUGGUGAUUGUGAGGGGUACUUUGGUAAAAAAAAAAGUCAAUGUGAGGUUAAAGGGUAGUAUAGUCAUUUAACACCUCAAAAGUAGUCUGAUUCAAUCAAAAAUUAAUGUUUGGGAUGUAAGUGACAUGCUAAAUAACUCAUUUAAAUAUAAGCGUAAUCUAAAACCAAAAUGUUAAUCUAGGUGUAAUAUGACCAAAUCACAGGGGUGUGAGUGUAAUUUAUCCUUUUUUUCUUCUCUCUGUACACUUUCUUCUCCUUUUCACACUUCUCCACCUUGGCACGUGAAAUUAUUGUCCAUGGACCGCGACUUCAAAUGGUAUUGUAUACUUUCUUCUCUUUUCAACACUUCUUACGUUACCGCGUGAAAUUAUUGUCCAUGGACGGCGAUAUCAAAUGGAAUUGUAUAUGUUCUUCUCCUUUUCCCACUUCUUACCUUACCGCGUGAAAUGGACUACACAGAAUGGAGCGUAUAUGUGUCCGGUUGUGAUUUGCCAUUCUUUGAACUUUCCAAAAGAAAAAAAAACAAAAAAAAAAUUCAAUGCACCAUCGCCAUGUAUAAAACACACCCAGACCCAGAUCAUAACACCCAAAAAUUUGUAUAUUGAUUUGAGAUUCUGUAUGGGUGAUCAUCAGAGCAGCAGUGCCGAAGAGGGCCAGCUUAAUCAUACCCGCAUCGUCCACAGCUUUGAUCUCUCCAUCAACGUUAACUUUCCUCCACCCGAGGACUCCAAAUGUUGCUUGGACGACCAUAGACAUCCCAAAACAACUGGGAAUGUUUGGAGAGCAACUGCUCACAUAAUGACAGCUGCCAUGGGGCCUGGACUUCUCUCAGUUGCUUGGGCGAUCGCUCAGCUUGGAUGGAUUUCUGGCCCACUUGCCAUUUUUCUCUUCUCCUUUUUAAUUUACUACACCUCUACUCUUCUGGCCGCAUGUUACAAUUCCGGUGACCCAGUCACCGGCAAUAGAAACUAUACUUACACGGACACUGUUAGAUCAUCAAACCUUGGUGGUGUUCAGGUCAAGAUCUGUGGAGUUAUUCAAUACCUGAAACUUUUUCAAGGAGCCAUUACAAGCACCAUUUCAGCUUCUAGGAGCAUGAUGGGAAUCAAAUGGUAUAAUUGCUACCGUCAGAGUGGCGGGACAAAUCCUUGCGUCUUCUCAAGCAAACCAUAUAUGAUUGCGUUUGGCCUCAUAGGAAUCAUUUCCUCUCAAAUUCCAGACUUUGAUGGGAUGUUGUGGCUAUCAAUUGUUGCAGUAGUCAUGGUGUUUACUUAUUCUACAAUUAGUAUAUCAAUCGGAAUUGGCAAAGUUGCAGGAACCGGAAAAUUCAUGGGAAGCAUCACUGGAAUAAGCAUUGGCAGUAGUGUGACUCCAGCCCAAAAGAUAUGGAGCAUCUUCCAAGCACUCGGCACCAUAGCUUUCGCCUAUUCUUACUCUGAAAUCCUUAUUGAAAUUCAGGACACAAUCAAGUCCUCCCCAACAGAAGCUAAGUCAGUUGCAAUGAAGAAAGCCAAUCUGCGAAGUGUUGCAAUCAUGACUACUGCCUACAUGUUCAGUGGCUGCAUGGGCUAUGCUGCUCUCGGGGACCAGACCCAGGAAUUCCUCCUUGACGGCUUCGAUAGGCCAUAUUGGCUUCUCGAAAUAGCCUACGCUGCCAUAGUAAUCCAACAAUUUGGUGCAUUCCAAAUCAACUCCCAACCCAUUUUUGCUUUCAUUGAGAAAAGUGUAUCAGAAAGAUUUCCUCAAAUUGAUUCCAUCAUCAAAGAAAUCGAAAUCCCAAUUCAGGGCUUCAAGCUCUACAAAUUCAAAAUUUUUCUUCCCUUGAAAGGUUACAAAUUCAAACUUUUUCGUUUGGUCUGGAGAACUAUGUUUGUGAUUAUAACCACUCUCGUAGCAAUGCUCGUGCCGUUUGAUGAUGCCUUUUCAAUUAUGGAUGCCAUUGCGUUUUGGCCUCUCACUAUAUACUUCCCAGUAACGAUGUAUAUAGAGCAAAAGAAGAUACCCAAAUGGAGCAUUAAAUGGAUCUCCCUUCAAAUCCUAAGUGUUGCUUGCCUCCUUAUCACAAUUGCUGCUGCUUCAGGCUCCAUUGCCGCGAUUGUUGAUUAUAGCAAGUUUUACGUACCCUUCGAAACCUAUUUAUCCUAAUUCAAUAGAGCCAACCUCACUCUACCUUUUUGAAAUUAGUGAAGGAAAAAUGUUGAACAUGUUCUUCCCGUGUCUCAAAAGAACUUUUUGCUUUUGCAUUCUGUUUUGUUUCAAAGUAUUAGAAAGAGAAGGUGUUAAAUUUGUUUUAAAAAUAUGUAACUUCUUAAAAUUCGUUAGUACAGCUGGUUGCGGUCAAAUUGAAGAGCUUAGAGAAGUUUCACAGACCAACUAAAUUAUUUAGAGAAGCUUCACAGUCUCUUGGUGUAUAUGUGCAUCAUGUGUUUGUGCGAGUAUAUUAUAUUAUCUGGAUGCAUGAUUGCUCCAGACCUUGACAGAUUUGGAUAAAGGGUACGGAUCCGAUGUGAUGUACGACACUUUGUGUUUUGUAUUUUUAAAGUUUAGAUUUUAUUUAUUUAUUUAUUUUUUAUAAUCUUUUAUAGAAAGUUUAAUUUUAAUUA